UGACUGCAAAAAGGGAAGUCCAGGCUUAGUACACGAAUCUACAAGCUUUGCUUCUCACAUCCUGUGUGGCUGUAAACAGUAGACUAAAGGGCUGGUGACUUGCGGAAGACAAAAAUCGGGAACUAUUGAUCGGAAGCAGAGAAGCCGGAGCCACAGCCUCCUGGAGACUCCGAGAGCUCAGUGCACAGCAGGCUGAACCCGGGGACAGCUUUGGCAGCGACAGCAUGACGUCACAGCCCAUCCCCAGUGAGGCCUUAGCGGUGCUCACGGCACAGGGCAUCCGCCUCCCCCAGACAGAGAAGCCGAGAGCCCCCAGCCAGACACAGCAAAGCCUGGAGAAAUGGCUAAAGGCAGAGCUGAGCGUGUUUGGGACCAUCCAGAUCCUGUGUGGUGUGGUGGUAUUGAGCUUGGGGAUCAUUCUGGCAGCUGCUCCUGCUUCCCCGUAUUUCACCACUGUGUUUUCUACCCUGAUAAAAUCUGCAUACCCAUUCGCAGGAUCCCUGUGUUUCAUUGUUUCUGGGUCUCUCUCCAUCAUCACAGAGAAGAAGUCCACUAAGCCUUUGGUUCACAGCAGCCUGGCCUGCAGCAUCCUGAGCACCGUGCUGGCUGUGUUGGGUGUCGCUCUGCUUUCUUACACCCUGGCUGCUCUGGAUUCCGCCUUUCAGGAGUGUGAGCUGAGCAGGAUGUCCAGGCCGACCACCCAGUCCUAUUUUUAUUUUCACCGUGAGAGUUACAGCACCGACUGCUUCGUUGCCAAAGCCAGCGUGAUGGGCGUGCUGUCUGUGAUGCUACUCUGCUCGGUGCUGGAGCUGGGCCUGGCGGUGCUCACGGUGGUGCUGUGGUGGAAGCAGGCCCGGGCCCACUUCCCUGGGAUUGUGCUCUUCCAGUCUUACAGUCACAAGAACAAUCCCAGCAUAUUCUCAAAGACACAUGGUGACUCUGGAUAUGAAGAGCUAGUGACUUCUUAAUAAAAGGAAGACAGAACAUUCAGAAGAAAGCUGGUCUUUUGGUAACAGCAGACAUACCCUCAAAAGAGAGGAAGGUUAGAGCUUCCUAAAUGCGUGCUCUCUCACACAAUGGGCAUUAAAGGCUUUGGCGCAUGUGUUCAGUGAUGCUUUCUUCAUUUGCCUGACGAUGCCCUUCGGAAACACAGGGCCAUGCCAUUCAAGGGUGGGGCUCACUACACUGGUGAGAAGCCCUAGCCCCUUCCUGGGCCCUCCAGUGGAGCCUGGCGACCUGCAGGACACACCGGUUGCUUGCCUCCUUUAGUUGCAGAUGAGGGCUCAUCUCUUGAGGGGCUGCAGCUCUCUCCGUGGCACUGGCUUCAUUACACGCACUUUACACAUUUGUUUGCAGAUACAAGUUCCUACCUUGCAAUCACAAGACCUUUUAGAAAAGUAGUUGACUUCAAAAUAAAGUCUUUGUAUGAUUACAGA